AUGACGACGACGACGACUCCACGCAUCAUCCUGGGCACCAUGACGUUUGGUGGAUCCACCAGUCUGGAAGAUGCCAGUCUCAUGGUUUCGGACUUUUGCCAGCCGGCCUGGAAAGAGUUGGUAAAGGAAGAUCCCAUGUUGGAUUCUGCAAUCAUGUAUCAAGGCGGAAAGACCGAAGUCGUCUUGGGAGAAAUCAUCCGACAACAAGGUACAAGCCUCCCCACUAGCUUGUCGGUCGCCACCAAGGCCAAUCCAUUUUCACAAGACAAGGAUCUGUCACCAGAGGGAGUCCGCAAGCAAUUGGAAGCUUCGCUCCAAUCGCUUGAAACAGACAGCGUGGAUAUCUUUUACUUGCACGCACCCGAUGCCAACCAUCCCAUUGAAGCCACGCUGGAAGAAGUCCAAAAACUAUUCCAACAAGGCAAAUUCCGCAAAUUUGGUCUCUCCAAUUUUUCCGCCUGGGAAACGGUCUACAUUCACAACUACAUGUCGUCGAGAAAAAAUUACGUCGUACCCACAAUCUACCAAGGCAUGUACAAUGCCAUUACACGGCAAGUCGAGACGGAAUUGCUUCCGGCACUGCGCAAAUUGGGCAUGAGCUUUUACUGUUACAACCCGCUCGCGGGAGGAAUGCUCACUGGAAAAUACCAACCCGCCGAUUCCGACAAGGAGGCGGCCAAACGAAAUUCGGGUGUGGGGGAUCGAUUUGCCGGAAAUAGCUUUUGGGCCAAGCGAUAUCGAGAGCGAUAUCAGCAACAAGAACAAUUUGCUGCAUUGGAGAUUGUACGGGAGUGUCUCACCGAUGAUGACUUGACCAUGGCAGAGGCUUCGUUGCGAUGGUUGCGUCACCAUUCCAAAUUGACAAAAGACGAUGGGAUCAUUAUUGGUGCCAGCAAGACGGGACAUUAUCAUGCCAACAUGAAGGCUCUCGCCAACGGACCUCUCACGGAAGACCUGGUCACUGCCUUUGGGAAAGCUUCCAAAGUUUGUCAAGAUGUUUGUCCCAAUUACGCAAGAGGAUAUUCAGGUUCGGCGCUGAACUAA